AUGGAAUAUCAGAAUUUGGACCUUCUAGUCUCUACUAUAAAGGAGCGGGGUUUCAAGGCAGUAUGUAUUCAAUCUACCAAUACAAACGCGUCGAUAUCGGUCUGCAACUACUUGCAAGAUGUUUUUAAAUCAGAUUCCACAGUUAAAUUUUAUAUUCUUGGCGAUAUAUUGACCGGGAGCUGCUGUUUGGAUGUUGUGGCAACAAAGCGCUUCCAGACAGAUUGUCUGGUGUAUGUCGGAGAUGGGUGCUAUUUUGAGUUAGAUGUGCCAAACUAUGUAUUUUAUUUGUAUUCUAAGCUGCCAUUGCAGUUGGAACCAAUAGCUGAGAAGAUAAGUGGGCUGUGUAGUUCUCUCGAAUUUGAUUCAGUUUUGUACAUUUACUCAUCAUCAGUACAUCAUAUUGUAAAUGAAGUUUCAAGCAUCUUCAGGAAGAACAGAAGAAGGUUCUACGUAGCUAAUGUGGGAGAAAGUAAGUCUGAUUCUGAUGACAGUGGUACUGGCACCGUGAUGGUGUGUAACAGAGUAGUAUAUGAGCAUACAACCGAUUGCUCCAGUCCGGACAAGGUUACAGUGACCAACGGUAAGAAGAUAGAGGGAAAUAAGCUGUUGGUGUUAUACUUGAGUGAAUCAGAAGAUGAAGCGAUGGCUAAGUUAAUUGGGUUAAGCGUGUGUUAUACACACUUUUACCAGAUCAUAGUUGGUAAAAAGGGUGAAUGGGUUAAUGAUUCGGAUAACAAUCAUGUUAAUGGUACGAUUAAUGGAAUGAAUUUUGGAAACUGUCAGAUGUUGGAUAGAUGUAACCUCUGUAACAAAUAUACAAUGAAAAGAUACUCAAUGGUGGAAAAGGCACAGCAAGCAACAAACUUUGGAAUAAUAGCAGUGGCAAAAUCGUUCAAAGGAGGGAUCAGGCUAAGGCAGCAGCUUCAGAAGCUGUUGACGCAAAAAGGUAAGGCGUACUGGCUGUUCUCAGUGAAUCACCUGACGGAGGCGAAGCUGCUCAACUUCCCAAAAGUAGAAGUGUGGAUACUGCUGAGCUGCAAUUUGACGCCGCUGUCGCUGCCCAGAGAGUUGGAGAAGAUGCUGAUGUACCCAUAUGAGCUGCUGGUGGCACUGGGCGUGUUGGAAUGGGGGACCUACACGUUCAGAUAUGACCAUCUGGCGGAGGCGAUAGACAAAUAUUUAGAAAACUGGCAGAAAGCGGAAAGUGAAAAGUCUGAAGAGGCAGCCAGUCAGCAGUUAAGUAGGCUGAAGAACAUGGAAUUGAGGGAGAAGUUUGAAACGCUCUAUGAAAAGAUAUCGUCAAAUGACGACAGGACGUUCAAGGGAGUCGAUCCGGAUUUUUAUGGAAAUAUUAGAGUCAUAAAGGGCUCAAGGGGGACUGCAUCUAAAGUGAAGAAAGCGGUAAACGUGGGAAAUGAAGACUUAAAUUUGAUGAAAAUUAGAAAGGAUGUAAAGCUUGUAGAUGGGAAACUGAGAGGAGUUCACUUUGAGGAACAACAUAAAUCUGAAAAUAAAUUUGUGCCACACCCAUUUAAUAGGAGGUUUGCCUUUUCUAAAAGGCCGUUAUUCCCGAUUGAGCCAAGAAAUUUACGCAUUUAUGGGCUUUUGAGGCAUAAAAAAAGAGGUAUCGGUAAAAAGUCUAACGCUAGGGGAAUAAGAAAGAAAAACGACAAAAAUAGAGGAAGGAAGCCAAAUAGUAGAACGUUUGAAGGAGGACAGAGUCCACUCUACACAAGGCUCCCUAAAUACCCGGAGGCUAUCCUUUCGAAAUUUGAUAAAAAAUAUGACCAGCUGAACCUGUGUAAAUUACGGUACUUCAUCGAACGAGGUAGGCUCGACGUUAGGUUUCCAAUAACACAGCGGCAUUUGCACGACUCGAAGUGCGUCAAGGUUAAAAAUGGAGUACAUCUGUUCAACGUGAACAAUUAUCCCUUCCCUUACAAGAUCGACAUUGUGGUAGCCAGUUGCGACCAGUCAAGUGUCGAUGUUAUUAAAAAGGUCGGCGGAACAGUGUCAAUAAUUCACUAUGAUAAAAUAGCACUGAGAGCCCACAUUAAACCGUAUAAAUAUGAAAUACUUCCGAAAACAGCGCGCCCUGAUAUUAAGAGAGUUUACGAGUUAGAAAAGCUAAGGUUAAUGGGAUGCAAUGUUAUAUACAUUAAGCCCCUGUGGCUGAUAAAAGAGGAGGAAAGGCUGAUGCAAGAGUUCAAGGAGCUUUAUCAACAUAAUGGGGACGAGAACUUCGAUGAACUGAUUUUGAAGUACAGGAAGCAGUUAUUGCAAGAGCAAGUUUAA